AUGGGUCCCAUAUUUUCAAUAUUUCCAAGAUCUGUUAAAUAUUCUGCUCGAAUAUCAGGAAAUAAUAAUAAUGUUUGGUUCAUCGACACUUCAAAGUUUAACAUAACAUCGAUACUAGAUCAAACAAUCCAAAAUGCUACCAAAAAAUUCCAAAACAUUGUUAUUGCUAAUAAUCCAGCUAUCCUUAUUGGUGAUAAAAAUCAAUACGAACAAAAAAUCAACAAUGGAAGUAAUAAUAAUAUUAAUAUUGGUGAUUCGGCUUUGCCAAAGGUUCAUGAUAAUCCACUUAAAACAGCAGUUAAAUCUGCUAAUAGAAUCAUGGAAAAUGGUACGGAUAUUAUAACAGCACCAGCAGUUUGGUUAAAAGAUAUGCAGAAGAAUUGGCUUAGUUAUAUGGUUGUUCUUGCUGUAAUUUUAAUAAUAGGUACAUUUUUAUAUUGUACAAUUCGAUCAUACUUCAAACGGAAAAGCAACAACAGCAACAGUAAUAACAAUAACAACAACUGGUCAAUGGGCAAUCUUGUUGAACUGGCUACAGUGUUCAGCAAUAAAAAUCCCCACUCACAAACACCAUUUUCGUUACCAGCAACAAAACCAUCAUUAGCCCCAUCAACAUUAGAUGCAAGUUUUAAAAUAUGA